AUGUAUAGCAAUUUCAAGGAGCAAGCAAUCGAAUACGUGAAACAAGCGGUACAAGAAGACAACGCUGGAAACUACGCAAAAGCGUUUCCUCUAUACAUGAACGCGUUGGAGUAUUUCAAAACGCAUCUCAAGUACGAGAAGAAUCCCAAAAUUAAAGAAGCUAUUACUCAGAAGUUUACUGAGUAUCUACGUCGUGCCGAGGAGAUCCGAGCUGUUCUCGAUGAUGGCGGGCCGGGGCCUGCUUCUAAUGGGGAUGCUGCCGUUGCUACGAGGCCGAAAACGAAGCCGAAGAAUGGCGAGGGAGAUGGAGAGGAUCCGGAGCAGUCGAAGCUUAGGGCGGGGUUGAAUUCCGCGAUUGUGAGGGAGAAACCGAAUGUUAAGUGGAAUGAUGUUGCUGGGUUGGAGAGUGCUAAACAGUCGUUGCAGGAAGCUGUUAUAUUGCCUGUGAAGUUUCCUCAGUUUUUUACUGGUAAAAGACGACCUUGGAGAGCGUUUUUGCUGUAUGGACCACCUGGAACAGGUAAAUCAUACUUGGCUAAGGCUGUUGCAACUGAAGCCGAUUCUACGUUUUUCAGUGUUUCUUCAUCAGACCUCGUUUCAAAGUGGAUGGGUGAAAGUGAAAAGCUGGUUUCAAAUCUUUUUGAAAUGGCCCGCGAAAGUGCACCUUCCAUCAUAUUUGUUGAUGAAAUAGAUUCUCUAUGUGGUACGCGUGGAGAAGGCAAUGAGAGUGAAGCUUCAAGACGAAUUAAAACUGAACUUUUGGUGCAGAUGCAGGGGGUCGGACACAAUGAUCAGAAAGUUCUCGUUCUUGCAGCAACCAAUACACCAUAUGCUCUAGACCAGGCAAUAAGGCGGCGUUUUGAUAAGCGUAUAUACAUUCCACUACCAGAUUUGAAGGCUCGCCAACACAUGUUCAAGGUGCAUCUAGGAGACACACCUCAUAAUUUGACUGAAAGUGAUUUUGAACACUUGGCUCGCAAGUCAGAGGGGUUUUCAGGUUCAGAUGUAUCUGUCUGCGUGAAGGAUGUUUUAUUUGAACCAGUCCGUAAAACCCAAGAUGCCAUGUUUUUCUUUAAGAGUCCGGAAGGUAUGUGGAUACCAUGUGGACAGAAGCAACAAAAUGCAGUACAAAUUACAAUGCAGGAUCUUGCCACAGAGGGACUUGCUUCAAAGAUCCUUCCUCCACCUAUAUCGAGAACCGAUUUUGACAAAGUACUUGCUAGACAAAGGCCUACAGUAAGCAAAUCUGACCUCGAUGUUCACGAGAGAUUCACCAAGGAGUUUGGAGAGGAAGGUUAA